AUGGGAAACUGCUUCUUCGGGGCCAUGGCAGAUUCUGAUGCAGUUAUCAAAGUAAUAACAUCAAACGGUGGCAUCAUGGAAUUCAGUGCUCCAGUAACCGUGAGUUUCAUCACCAAUGAGUUCCCGGGGCAUGCCAUUUUCAGAAGCCAUGACCUCUUUUGGAAACCACUCAGCCAAUUCGAUGAGUUGGUUGCAGGCCACUCUUACUAUUUGCUGCCACUCAACAACAACAACAACAACAACAAAAAUAACAAUGCAGAUACUCCAUGUGGUGUUGAUAGCCAUGUUGUUAGACAAGGCCAUGUUCGAUCUCAUAGUGUUCCUACAACCUCGCACCCUGCCCUAUAUAGAAUGUCAUUGGACUACCAGCACCACCACCAGGGAAUUGGGUUGCUCAAGAGGUCCUCCAUUGAACCCUUCUCUAGCAGGAACAGUGCUAGUAAUAGCUGCUCCACUGGUGGUGGUAGCAGUAGAUUUUGGAAAGUGAAGCUGGUGAUCACCCCGGAACAGUUGCUUGACAUUUUGGCACAAGAGGCUCGCACCAAGGAGUUGAUAGAGAGUGUAAGGACUGUAGCAAAAUGUGGGGUUGCUGGUGGUAUUUCAUCUGCAGCUGCAGACACAGUUUCUGAUCAGUGGAGCCUUUCCAGCACCAGUUGGAGCAUUUCCUCUAAGAUUGAUGCCUUUGCAGUAGGCAUUUAGUACAAAGUAACAAAUAAU